AUGCGUCACCUCUCCCCGUGGCUUGCUCAGGCUGGUUCGAACUACUUCACAUUUAGGUUUUCAGAAGAGCGCAGCAGCCGGCAGCUUCUGCGUCAAUUAAAAAUGAGGCUUAAUGGCUUGGAUAACGGCACGGCUGUCUGUACUACACAGGAAAAUUUCCUGUAUGGCAAUAACACAAUUUGGAAGCCAGAUUCUUGCCAAGACUGCCGUUGCCAUAGCAAUAUUGUCACCUGUGAACCUACUGUCUGCAAACACCCUCAGUGUGACUUUCAGAAGGGAGAAGUUCUUCAAAUAGCCCCCAACAAGUGCUGCCCUGAGUGUGCCUCCCGAGCUGAAGGAUUUUGCCAGCAUGAAGGAAAGAUCCACAGCCACGGCACGCAGUGGGCCAGCUCUGGAUGUGUGCGGUGCUCCUGUGCCCACGGGGAGGUGAACUGCAGCCCCGCAACCUGCCCAGCCCUCACGUGUGGACGAGGGGAGCUGCAAUACGCUGCGCAGGGAUCCUGCUGUCCCAAAUGUGUGGGCCUCGGCGAGCCUUGCUCCUUUGAUGGACGCGUCUUCCAGGAUGGGGAGGACUGGCGCCUUGGUCGGUGCUCCAAAUGCGUCUGCAGGGACGGUGCGAUUCAGUGCUUCACAGCUUCCUGCCAGCCGCUACUGUGCAACCAGGAUGAAGUUAUGGUUACGCGUCCUGGAAAAUGCUGCCCAGAAUGCGUGCCAAAGCCCUGCUCGGUGUCAGGAAGAGUGUACCAGCAUGGCGAACAGUGGAAAAAAAAUGCCUGCACCACAUGUGCUUGUAACGGAGGGGAAGUCAGAUGUCUGAGAGAGACCUGUCACUCUAUUAACUGUGAGAAGGGGGAGAACAAAGUGCAGCGUCCUGGGAAGUGCUGUGAGGAGUGUGCGUCUUCCAAGGGAAGCUGCUUGUAUGAUGGCGCUGUCAGGUACCACGGUGAGAUGUGGAAUAGUACUCACUGCAACUUCUGCCUGUGUGAUGAAGGGCGAGUCACUUGCCAGAAAGCAGAGUGUGCCAGAGUGGAGUGUGCCAAGGGUGAAGAAUUAAUACACUUAGAUGGGAAGUGCUGUCCCGAAUGUAUUUCAAGUAAUAGUCACUGUGUUUACAAAGAACAUACCAAAGCCAACGGAGAGAAAUGGGAAGAAGGACCGUGCGGAGAAUGCGAAUGCCGGGAUGCGGAGGUCAGCUGCUUCCAGCGCUCCUGCCCGCCCUGCCCGCUGGGCAGCCUGGCUGUCGAGGCACAGGGUGACUGCUGCCCGCGCUGCGAGCCAGUUGAGUGCCAUCCAGACUGUUUGACCUGCUCCCAGUCCUUCGAUCACUGUACCGCCUGCCGCGAUGCGAGGAGGCAGCUGCAGAAUGGCCGCUGCGUGGAGAUGUGUGAACUGGGCUUCUACCAGGAUGGGGGUACUUGCUUAGCCUGCAAUGAAACAUGCUCAGCCUGUGCCAAUGGGUUUGAGUGCUCCUCAUGCCAGGCAUCCCUGCUAAUGAAGAACGGGCAGUGUGUGACUUCGUGUGGGAAGGGAUACUUUCAGGAUCAGCUCCUCUGCACAGCUUGUCACAAGUCCUGUUCCUCCUGCUGGGGUGCUGCUGAGAACAAUUGCUUGUCCUGCAAAGACACGUCACGCGUGCUGAAAGCAGGUCUCUGUGUGGCCAGCUGUGGACACGGAUUUUAUACAAAGGAUGGAAUCUGCAGCGCUUGUGACCAGUUCUGUGAAACAUGCUAUUCAGACCAACCCAGGUGUUUGACCUGUGCUUCAGAGAAGUUGUUACAUGAGGGGAAGUGCAUUUCAGAGUGCCCGGACGGCUAUUUCCCAGGUGUCAAUGGAAGAUGCAGAGCUUGUCAUGAUUCAUGCUCCACAUGCGAGGGACCUCUGGCCACUCACUGCACCUCCUGUUCCUUUCCUCUGGCAUUGCACCGGGGCCAGUGCCUGCAGGGCUGUGGAGAGGGUUUCUACCAGGAUCACAACAUCUGCAAGGGUUGCCACCCAUCCUGCCGCACCUGCAUCGGCCCGGGGGCCUCUCAUUGCCUGCAGUGCCAGGCGCCGGAGGACGUACUGCAGCCUCCCCAGCCCGUGGAAGGAGCUGUACGUGGCCUUUGCCUCUCUCACUGCCAAGCCCGGUUUUACGCCGAUAGCACAGGAGUCUGCAAACGGUGCCACUCCUCCUGCGCAGGCUGCGUGGGGAACGCUUCUCGGGACUGUACGGCUUGUCUGUCUUCCCACCUCCUGCUUGAAGGCAGAUGCCUCUCCCAAUGCCCAGAGGGGCUGUUCAGCCACAAAGAUCACUGCUACUCCUGUCAUCCGUCCUGCAAGACAUGCCGUGGCCCUUCCGAUCUGGAGUGCUUAACCUGCCAUCCCCAUGCGACUCUAGCUGGCGGGAAGUGCAGGACUAGCUGCAAGGAAGAGCAGUAUCUCAACCUGGUGGGAUAUUGCGUGGACUGCCACCCUUUGUGCCGUCAGUGUGUGGCCAACCUGCGGGACACCGGCAGCAUCUGUCUGAAGUGCCAGAACGCCCGUCACUUCCUCCUGGGGGAUCACUGCAUUCCUGAGUGUCCGGUGGGAUACUACGCGGAGAAUGGUGCCUGCAAAAGGUGUCACCCCUCAUGUAGAACCUGCACCGGCGAGGGUCCUUUUUCCUGCUCUUCCUGCGACACCAGCCUGGUUCUCUCCCACACCAGCACGUGUGUGCCAGUCUGUUCCCCAGGAUACUACAGGGACGACAGACAGACCUGCAAACCUUGCAACAGGCAGUGCCUGAGCUGUGAAUCAGCUGCCGGCUGUACGUCUUGCAGAGAUCCAGCUAAGGUCCUGUUGUUUGGAGAAUGCCAGUACGAGAGCUGCGCUCAGCAAUAUUAUCUGGAUUUUUCCAGCAAGACUUGCAGAGAGUGCGACUGGAGCUGUAACGCUUGUAAAGGUCCCCAGAGGACCGACUGCCUGCAGUGUAUGGAGGGCUACGUUCUCCACGAAGGAGCUUGUGUGGAACAGUGCCCUGCAGCUUUCUACAAGGAAUCAGACACUUGCCAGCGAUGCGAUCAACACUGCCUUCAAUGUCGCCAACCAGAUGAGUGCAGCCUUUGUGAAGCCCCGUUUUUCCUCUUGGACGCUCAUUGUGUUCACAAAUGUGGGAAGCGAUAUUACGCGGACCGUGCGCAGCGCAAGUGCUCAGCUUGUCCUCCUGGAUGCCUGGAGUGUGACAGUGACAGCCUGUGCCACCUCUGUGACAGCACCACGUUUCUGAAGAAUAAGAUUUGUGUUUCUGCCUGUGGCCAGGGUUUCUAUGGCAAUACAUGGACCAGGGAGUGUGAAGAAGCCAGCAAGCAUCCCUCGAGAUUCCACGUGAACAGUACCCUCACAGUAGGAAUUGGUGGGGUAAAGCCCCUAGACCUCUCCUUACUAGGUGUGCAUGAUCUGGAUGGUGACACAGGACAGCUCUUGUUCGGUAUCGACAGCACUCCCUCCAACGGCAGGCUAGUGAUGGUGGUGAACGGGAAAGAGGAGCUGCUGAGCAAAGGCGACCACUUCAGCUACAGGGAUGUGAAGGAGAAGAGAGUCCGCUUUGUGCACAGCGAAGAGAAAUCCAGGAAAGGACAGUUUUCCUUGAAGGUCAGCGAUCAACAGUUCUUCUCCCAUCCUGAGGUGGUCAACAUUCAAGCGUUUUCAACACAGGCGCCGUAUGUGUUCAGAAAUGAGGCCCUCCUUGUCCACAAAGGGAAAAUUGGAACUAUAACAGAACUGUUGCUUGGUGUGAGAGACAGUGACAAUCCUCAGGACGUUGUGCUGAUGGUUUUAGAGCCUCCACAUCACGGGCGGCUGAUCAAAACUCCUGGGAACUCGGCUUCUGCAGUCCACAUAUUCCAGCUGGAUGACCUUGCCAACGGACUGCUGCGUUACGCUCACGACGGCUCUGACACUCGGGAUGAUGCAAUUCUUCUGCAAGUGAAUGACGGGUACCACUUCCAGAACAUCCUGUUCCGCAUUAAGAUUGCUCCCAAGAAUGACAGAAGUCCUCAGCUGGUGACAAAUUCCCUGGUCUGGGUGCCCCAGGGAGGCAUGCUACAGAUCUCCAAGACAAUUCUGCACGCUGAGCUACCCGGUGCCCUUGAUUCCGAGAUAACUUACACCAUCAUCAAGGACCAGCCAAGACACGGUGAAGUAGUGCUUCUGGUCCCAAUGCUGGCAGAUGGCCCAGCAGACUCAUGGCAGCUUUUGCCUGAUGGAAGAGCAGCCUCACCUACAACCUCUUUUACCCAGCAGGACAUCAACGAAGGCAUUGUGUGGUACAGGCACUCUGGAUCUGAAGUAGAGAGUGACUCCUUCCAAUUCCAGGUGUCCAGCUCUGCCAGUCCACAAAACAGCUUGGAAACCCACGUGUUCAACAUUGCUGUUCUCCCACAGACGCCCAGAGCACCUCAGCUUUCCCUCGGCUCCUCGUUGCACAUGGCUGUGCUGGAGGACCGUGUGACAGUGAUUGAGCCCCAUCACCUCUCCUUUGUAGACCCGGAGAUUCCCAGUGAGAAAAUCCUGUUCAACGUGACUGUCCCUCUCCUUCCUGGCCAAGGUAUCGUGGAGCAUAGAGACAGGCCUCUCUCCCCAGUCAGGUAUUUCACCCAAGCAGAUAUAAACCAUGGCAAGAUUGCUUAUCGUCCACCGACUGCAGCUCCUCACUUAAGAGAAAUCAUCGCCUUCUCCUUUGCGGGUCUCCCCGAGUCAGUGAACUUCCGAUUCACAGUGUCUGAUGGAGAACACACAACCCCGGAGAUGGUGUUUGUCAUUCAUUUGCUCUCUGCGGAUCAGCAGCCUCCAGUCUUCCAGAUCACAGCUCCUCUCCUGGAGGUCAGGCAGGGGGGCAAAGCCACCAUUGGGAUCCAGUUAGCCGUGAGCGACACAGAUACAGCUCCCGAGGGACUUUUCUUUGAGCUGGUGAAACCUCCCCAUCAUGGCAUUGUGCUCAAGUACAGCGCAGGCGUGCAGGAGCGCAUGAGAGCAGUCUCUGUCACCGACGGUGUCACCACAGUGACCACAGUGCUGAGGGUGGAAGUGUCCCUGCUGGAUGACAGCGGUCCGCAGCUGGCCCCGGGCUGCUUGUUGGCAAUCACCGUGGCUAGCAAAAGCUCUGUGACUCUCUCUCGAUUGCACCUCGCUUAUAUUGACAACAAUUCUCCUGACUCAGAGAUAAGAAUCCAGUUAAUAUCUCUGCCUGCAUAUGGCACCCUCUUACGGAUGUCUGGCUCUCAUGACGAAGAGCUUUCCAAGGUUUAUAAUUUCACCAUGGAAGACAUCAACAAUCAGCGGAUCAGCUACUCCACCAUGUUUGAGAGCAGCAAUCAGCCGGUUACGGACAUCUUCCACUUCGCUGUUUUUGAUGCUGAUAACAACCGGCUCGACAGACAGAUGUUCACCGUCACCAUCACGCCUGCCCAGACGAUGCCGUCGCUCAUUGCUUUUGCUGACCAUAUCACUGUGGAUGAGGGGAGCAGGGUGCCACUGCUGGCGCAUCACCUCUUAGCUGCUGAUUAUGAUACUGCUGCCAAGGAAGACCUGAGGGUCACAGUUAUCACUCUACCUAUGUAUGGCUACAUUGAAAACACUAAGACAGGUGAGAGUUUUGGCCCGCGGAGUGAGUCUGCUGUGACCGCAGAUGCGUCCUUUUCCCUUCAAGAUGUUCUAGAGAACAGCAUUUACUACUUCCAGAGCGUCCAUGAAAGCAUCGAGCCAACAAGUGAUGUUUUCAGCUUUUAUGUGAGCGAUGGCUUCAGCCAGUCUGAGUUGCAGAGCAUUAACAUCACGAUUCAGCGACAGAACGAUGAGCCCCCGAAGAUGGUGCUGGAGCCUGUCAGGGUGCAUGAGGGCUCAGGUGUGGUCGUUACCAACGCCUCCCUCAACCUGCAGGACUUGGACACCCAGAACAGUGAGCUUGUCAUCGUGGUUACCAAAAGUCCUGAACAUGGUCAUCUCCGCAGGAGGCAGACUGCUGCAGAGCCCCCGGAGCAUGGACAUGUGCUGUCCAUGGGCUCGUCCUUCACCUACCAGGACAUUUUGGAUGAGCUGAUCGUUUAUACUCAGAGCGGUGCAGCAGCACAAACAGAUGAGUUUGGCUUCUCCAUCACGGAUGGUCUCUACAUGCAGACAGGGAGGCUGGAGUUCUCCAUGGAGCUGCCGAAGAAGCAGCCACCCACGUUAGCUGUCAACAGGGACCUGCAGCUCCCAGCUGGCUCUGCAGCGCACCUCACAGAUCAGCACUUGAAAGCAGCAGCUGUUGAUUCAGAUGACACAGCGAUCAGAUUUGUCAUGAAGAGGGAUCCCAGCAUGGGGCAUCUGCAGUUGACCAAAAUUGAUAGUCCAGUCCACAUUUCUGCCAAAGGACCUGUCCAAAGUUUCACCCAGGCUGAUAUAAAUAGAGGACAAGUGGUGUACAUUCACAAGAAAGGGGAUCCUGGGGGAGGUUUUGCCUUCACCUUUGAUGUGAUCGAUGCAGAUGGCAACAAACUGACGGACCAGGUUUUUUAUAUUACUGUAUUAGAGAACAGAUUUCCCCCCUCCGUCAUCACUAACAAAGGGCUGGUCUUGGACGAGAACUCUGCAAAGGUGAUCACAACCCUCCAGCUCUCUGCCACUGACCGGGACAGUGAGCCGACCCAGCUCCAGUACAAGCUCACCAAGCAGCCACAGCUGGGGCACCUGGAGCACAUGGCCUCCCCAGGGACAAGAAUUAGUUCUUUCAGCCAGGCAGAUUUGGCCUCUCGCAGCAUCCAGUACGUCCACACCAGUGACAUUGAAAAGCAUACAGAUGCGUUCACCUUCUCUGUUUCUGACGGAACGAAUGAGGUGAGCCAGACGUUUGACAUCACCAUAAACCCUGUGGAUGACUCCUUACCCGUAGUGCAAAGCCUCGGGAUGACAGUUCAGGAAGGUGUGAGAAAAACCAUCACAGAGUUUGAGCUUAAAGCAACAGACGCUGACACAGAGGCUGAAUCAAUUACGUUCACAGUCAUGCAGCCCCCUCGGCAUGGCCUGAUUGAACGCACCAGCAACGGGCAGCGCUACCACCAAGCCACCACCUUCACAAUGGACGACAUCUACCAGAACCGCAUCAGCUACAGUCAUGAUGGUAGCAACUCGCUGAAGGAUCGCUUCACUUUCACUGUGUCUGAUGGGACCAAUCCCUUCUUCGUUGUGGAGGAUGGGGGGAGGAAGGUUGUGACAACAACACCGCAGCGCUUUAAAGUGGACAUUCUCUCUGUGGAUGACGGGACACCCAGGGUUGUCACCAACCUGGGUUUGCAGUGGCUGGAGUAUGUGGAUGGCAAGGCAACCAAUCUAAUCACCAAGAAGGAAUUACUGACGACAGAUCCUGACACAGUUGACAAACAGCUGAUCUAUGAGAUAACAACUGGUCCCAGGAACGGUUAUGUGGAGAACAAGCUGAAACCAGGGAUGGCCGUGACCACUUUUACGCAGGAGGAUGUGAACCAGGGCCUCAUUCGGUACGUGGUGCACGAGGAGAAGGUUCAGGAGACCACAGACAGCUUUCAGUUCCUCGUGAAGGACAGCAAACCCAACGUGGUCAGUGGCAACAUCUUUCAUGUGCAGUGGUCCCUCCUCAGCUUUACAUACAGCAGCUACAAGGUGAGAGAGAGCGCAGGGUCUGUGAGCGUCACUGUGAGGCGGAUUGGUAACCUCAACCAGUACGCGAUUGUCUUGUGCCGCACUGAGCAGGGAACGGCCACUUCCAGCUCCAGUUCACAGCCAGGAGAGCAGGACUACGUGGAGUACGCAGGGCAGGUCCAGUUUGAGGAGCGGGAGGACACCAAGGCCUGCCCCAUCGUCAUUACCGAUGACAACGUCUUUGAGGGCACGGAGAGCUUCGCUGUGGAGCUCAGCAUGCCAGCCUACGCUCUGCUGGGAAACGUCACCCGGGCCACUGUCACCAUCACUGACACAGAGGACGAGCCCACCCUAGAGUACAAAGAUUUCCACAGCGUUACGUUUUCUUUCUGUUGCGCCUUAGGGGAUGCCAGCAGCACCGUCUCUGCCAUCUGCUACACUGUCCCCAGAUCAGCCAAGGGAAGCAGCCUUUAUAUGCUGGAAUCCGGCUGCGACUUCAAGUCCCGGGGGAUGGGGGAUGACAGCCGCAUUGUGUUUGGUGCGGGUGUCACCGUGAUGACAUGCGAUGUGGCGCUGAUCGAUGACAGCGAAUACGAAGAGGAAGAGGAGUUUGAGAUUGUCCUGGCGGAUGCCUCAGAUAACGCCCGCAUUGGCAGCCGGGCUUCAGCCAACGUCUUCAUCGGUGGUCCCAACGACGCCUCGACGGUGUUCCUGGGGAAUGCCACUUUCACCGUCAGCGAGGCUGCAGGACACAUUGCGAUUCCAGUCCUGCGACAGGGACCUGAUCUCUCAACCCCCGUCUCGGUGUGGUGUGCCACUCGGACGUCAGAGCCUCCGUCUGCCAGCCCGGGGAUCGAUUAUGUCCCCAGCUCCAGAAAAAUAGAGUUCAGGCCAGGCAAGACAGAAGAGUUCUGCACUCUGACGAUCCUGGACGAUGCGCAGUACCCGGUGAUAGAAGGGCUGGAGACAUUCGUUGUGUACCUCAGCUCACCCCACGGAGCUGAGCUGACAAAGCCCUUCCAAGCGGUCGUGGCCAUUAAUGACAUCUUCCAAGACGUACCAAGCAUGCAGUUCACCAAGGAUACGUACACGGUGAAGGAGAAGGAGGGUACUCUGCACAUCCCCAUCUUCCGCAGCGGGGACCUGAGCUACGAGUCCUCUGUCAGGUGCUACACCCAGAGCCAGACAGCAGAGGUCACGGAGGACUUUGCGGAGAGGAGGAACGCAGAGGAGUCUCGCAUCACCUUCUUGAAAGGGGAGAAGGUGAAGAACUGCAGUGUUUCUAUCAGUGAUGACUCUGCUUUUGAAGCGGCAGAGCAGUUCCAGGUCUAUCUUGGUAGCCCGCUUGGAAGCCAUUGGAGCGGAGCUAGGAUUGGGAAGAUGGAUGUGGCAACCAUCACUGUCACCAAUGAUGAAGACGCACCCACCAUUGAGUUUGAAGAAGCCGCGUACCAAGUGCGGGAGCCGCCUGGCCCGGAGGGUGUUGCUGUUAUAAAUAUCAAGGUGGUGCGGAGAGGGGAUCAGAACAGGACCUCCAAAGUCCGCUGUAGCACCCGCGAUGGCUCAGCUCAGGCCGGAGUGGAUUACUAUCCCAAGAGUCGGAUGCUCCAAUUCAGCCCAGGUGUGAACCACAGUAUGUUCAAGGUGGAGAUCAUGUCCAAUGAAGAGCGGGAGUGGCACGAGUCCUUUUCUCUGGUGCUGGGUCCAGACGAUCCAGUGGAAGCUGUUCUUGGAGACACCAGCACGGCAACGGUGACUAUUCUGGAUCAGGAGGCAGCGGGGAGCCUGAUUCUACCAGCACCUCCCGUGGUCGUCACCCUGGCUGAUUACGACCGGGUGGAAGAAGUGACCAAGGCCGGUGCUAAGAAAUGCCCUUCUCCAGGCUAUCCGCUCAUCUGCGUCACUCCCUGUGACCCUCACUUCCCCAAGUACGCAGUCCUGAAGGAGCGCUGCAGCGAGGCGGGCAUCAACCAGUCUUCCAUCCAGUUCAGCUGGGAAGUAGCGACCCCCACGGAUGGGCAUGGAGCCAGGUCGCCUUUUGAAACCAUCACUGACAACACCCCCUUCACCAGCGUCAACCAGAAGGUGCUGGACAGCAUUUACUUCAGCCGGCGGUUCCACGUGCGCUGUGUGGCCAAGGCUGUGGACAAGGCUGGCCAUGUGGGGACCCCUCUGAGAAGCAAGGUGGUCACCAUAGGCACAGAGAGUGCCAUUUGUCACACUCCUGUGGUGGCGGGGACAGCCCGAGGUUUGCAGGCGCAGUCAUUCGUUGCCACUCUCAAGUACUUGGAUGUCAAGCACAAGGAGCAUCCCAACAGGAUCCACAUCUCGGUGCAGAUCCCCCAUCAGGAUGGUAUGCUGCCCCUCAUCUCCACCCUGCCGCUGCACAAUCUGCAUUUCCUUCUCUCCGAGUCCAUCUACAGGCACCAGCACGUCUGCUCCAACCUGGUCACCAUCAGAGACCUCAGCGGCAUCUCAG